AUGGCUGCCGUUUCAGUAUGUAUUGUAGGCGCGGGGGUAUGCGGCCUUUCUACUGCUUUGUUACUUGCUGAAAGCAAAUCGAUUCCUUAUAAAGUGACGAUCAUUGCCGAUCAAUUUUCGCCUAAAACAACCAGUAAUGCAGCAGCUGCUGUCGUUGCCCCAUUUAUCCUCGGACCUGAAACUCCCAUCCAGCUACAAAGGAGAUGGAUCAAGCAAACCAUGGAUUGGUUAGGAUCGUUAUAUAAGACUACAGAUGCAACGACUAUCGGAGUUAUUCUGCAACAUCUUUAUUUUUGUUAUGACAAAAUGCAACAGGAUUCAUAUUGGAAAGAUUGGUUACUUUCUUACCGCAAACUAACCCCAAAGGAGAAAGAAAUGGCUUUUGCUGAUGACAGCAUUAUCGAUGGAUGGUGUUGCUCGACUUUUACCUUAGACACUGAUAAAUACAUGCAUUGGCUAACAAACAAAUUGAAAAAUCUUAAUUGCCGUUUCAUCCAGAAAAAGUUAAGAGAUUUAAGUGAGGUAUCGUCAUAUGAUAUUGUUGUUAAUUGUUCCGGUAUUGGUGCAAACCGGCUAGUACCCGAUCCAUCCGUUGUACCUGUACGUGGACAAGCUAUUCGCGUAAAAGCUCCAUGGGUACAGCACUGUUGCAUUUAUAUCAAUGAAAAGGCGAUAAGUUAUAUUCUACCAAGAGCUACUACCGUUUUAUUGGGAGGAACUGCUCAAGCUGGAAAUUGGAGUAAAAGCAUUGAUCCAAAUGACUCCAAGAGAAUCUUUGAAGAUUGUUGUAAAAUUAUUCCAAGUUUAAAGAAUGCUGAAACCGUAGAAGAAAUUGUCGAUUUAAGGCCAUCACGACCGUCUGUUCGACUGGAAAUUGAAACAAGGAGAACAGGGCAUAAAGACAUGAAAAUCGUACACAAUUACGGACAUGGAGGUUCCGGAAUUAGUCUUCAUUGGGGAUGUGCUUUGGACUCGUUUAAAUUAGUUGAGAAAUUGGCUGAGGAUAUUCGAGUCUCAUGUAAAUUGUAA